CAUGCGCAAGUAGUCACCACACAACUCCAGCGAAUGACAAAAUCCCAACACUCUGCUUUUCCGACGAUAAGUGGGCCUGCGCCCUGCACCCUACACCGCACUAUUUAUGCGUUAUAACCGAUGGACAACCGUCAUGCGUUUGCAUAUUCCCCGCCCAAGCGAGUAACGCUCGACAUGCACCAGUUCGCCGCUUCAACGAUGGCUCGGAUAAGCAUGUAACUAACUAUAUAGACACGAGGUUUCCAGGUUCCUCUAAACUCUCUCACUCUUGCAUUCCAUCUUCAGUUCCCGUUUUCAAAAGUCUUCUUGUUUGUGACGUGAGCCGAGUCCCCCAAACGCCGACAAGCGAAACGCGGGGAAUAUGGAGUCUGCAGACGCGGAUUUAGAGAGGAGUUAUUCCCGGGAGCGACAACGGCUGGGGGCUGAUGGCCAGAAGAUUGUUACCUCGCCGGUUGCGGUUGUUCAUAGUGUUUCUUCGGAGAGUCGGAGAGGUCGUUCCGGAGAAGAAAACACUCAUGCGGCCCAAUUUGAAUCUCUUGGGAAAGAUGGGGAUAGCAAUUCAGAUUUGGGACGCGAAGAUGAUAAUGAAAAGAUAGUUACGGAAUCGCCUGCCUCCGUGUCGAGAACAGGGUCACCAACUGGUGUGCCCAGUCCAACGGAUGGGAUACCACCAAAGAGACGUACCAUUCGUUUCGAAGAUGGAGAUCCUGAGAACCCGAACAAUUGGCCCAGAAAGAAGAAGAUCUACGCCAUCUUCGUAGCAAUCAUAAGUGUCAUAAAUAGUACCAUGACUUCUGGUCUCGCAGCAGGAGCAGCAGGCCCUAUAUCCCGUCACUUCAACGAGACCAACGAGUACAAGCUCAUCUUGCCGACCUCCAUAUACCUUGUAGGCUACGUCUGUGGUCCCAUGGUAUGGGGUCCUCUGUCCGAAUCCUAUGGUCGCAAAGGCACUAUGAUCUACUCGUACGCGCUCUUCACGGUAUUCUCCAUCGCGUCUGCUGUCUCGCCCAACUUCUCCGCCUUGGUUGUCUUCAGACUGUUUGCCGGUAUUGGGGGGAGCUGUGCGAUCAGUGUUGUUGGAGGAAUAUGCGCAGACGUGUAUCAUAAUCCUAUUAGCCGGGGCAGGAGCAUGGCGAUCUUCAUGGCUGCAACUACAUUCGGUCCCAUUCUUGGGCCUCCCGUUUCGGGCUUCAUCUCGACUGUGUCGUGGAGCUGGGCUUUUUGGAUCGGGGCCAUCUUUGCAGGCGUGUCAUCGCCACUGAUUCUCUUGUUCCCUGAGACAUAUGGCCCGGCCAUCCUUAAACGUAGAGCUCAACGAUUGCGCAAGGAGACAGGGGAUGAGAGUAUCGUUGCGCCGAUCGAACUGGAGAAGACCGAUCUCAAUCACAUUGUCACUGUAGUGUUGACUAGGCCACUACGCAUGAUUUGCUUCGAGCCGCUGGUUUUGUUCACAUGUUUGUAUCUGAGCUAUGCAUACGCCAUCUUCUACAUCUACUUCCAAUCCUACCCCGUAAUCUUCACAGGCAUCUACCACUUCAACGCCGGCGAGCAAGGCCUAGCCUUCCUGCCCAUCGGCCUCGGCGCCCUCAUCUCAGCCGGCAUCUACCUAACCUGGGACGCGAUCCUAGGGCGCGCACAAAAAGCCCACAAGCCAUGGGCCAAGAACGAAGAAAUGCGCCGCUUACCACUGGCAUGUAUCGCGGGUCCCUUCUUCGUCAUCUCCUCCUUCUGGCUCGGCUGGACGGCGCGCGAGAACAUCCACUGGAUCGUGCCUGUCCUCGCUGGCGUGCUCUUCGGUAUGGGCUAUCUGUGUUUGUUCAUGGCGCUGCUGAAUUACCUCGUCGAUGCGUAUGAGAUCUUCGCCGCGAGUGCUAUGGCGGCGGCGUCGUUGUCGCGCAGUAGCUUUGGGGCUGUGUUGCCGUUUGCGGCGAGGCCUAUGUAUAGAGCGCUUGGGGUUGCGUGGGCGACUAGUUUGCUGGGUUUCUUUAGUUUGGCGCUGUGUGUGGUGCCGUUUGCGUUUUUUAGGUGGGGUGGGAAAAUGCGCGAGAAGAGUAAGUUUUGCCAGCACCUUAGGGCGAAGAAGAUGGAGGAGAAAGCGGAGAGGGACGCGGAGAGGGAGGCAGAGGGGAGAAGUAGUGGGGGAUUACAAGGCAUGGUUCAGGCUGAUGGUGGGAAGGAACAGGUUUGAACUCCUGUUUGAAACGACAUGUAUUUUGCAUUCCUGGCGCUGUGGAUAUAUUUGUUAGGUUAGCAGAUGGUCAUGUAGAG